UAUACAGAUAGCGUGCUAACGUCAACGACGUUUCUCAUAUGACAAAGAAAACACUUUCCGUGGGUGACGAGGCCGCGAGAGCUCUCAGGAUCUCAGAGGAGCGUCCUCGGCGAGGAGAAGGCGGAUCUCGUCUUUGCCGGUCGCAAUCGAAGCUAUCGCGCGGAUACGCCUUUUGUGCGAACCAGGUCACGACUCACAGUUCGCCAUGUGACGAGUGCAGCAGCAGUGAUUGCGAAGACAAAAGAUGGGAUUGUCGCCGCGAUUCAGACGAGUCAAAAACUCCGAAAGCUCGAGUACGAAGUGAAUCCGAAGGCAGCACGGGGACAACGACAGUCGAUUUUUAUGCGAGACAGGUUUGCUGUCGGGAAUGUGGCUAGGAGAAACGAAUGAAGAAAUGGUCGAGUGAAGAACGGGGAACAACGAACGAACAAAUGUAUUUGCACAUCGCUCGCGAAACGCGAACUCUUACUUCGUUAUUCGUGCAAAUUUAAUUCUGCGGAAUUCCGUGGUAGGCGAGUUCCCCGUCGUAGAACUUAAAUGGAAACUCGCGGCACAAACAGUUUCACGCUGCGAGAGACGCGAUUUGCGUUUCCAGCCGACUGACAAUUUCAUGGGGAACUUCGCGAAACGAGAGGAGACAAGACAAGACAAGACGAAACACGUUUAACUAUUACUGCUCUAUUAAUAUCCGUUUUUUUUUUUGUCACUUUAUUUCUAUUAAUGAAAAUUCAAUUUUCGAGUACGCGCGAUUUCUUUCACCCCAUGUUUAGACAGCGUUUGUUUCCUUUUUUUGUGAGAACAAUCGGCGGUACCUGUUUUUUAUUUGAGAGACAUUUACACGAUUAUUCAUUUGUUUUUUAGAUAAGCUUUUACGUACGAGAUUUUGUGACACCGAACAAUGAAAUAAAAAACACCUGUGAAACUAUGUUAAAGCUUCCGUUUUUGAAUGAAAUAGCGUUUAAGCGUUUAAGAUUAUUUUUAUAUUAAAAAUCUAAAAGUUUUACAUGUCAAUAUUUCAUGCCUUUUUUUUUAAGUUUUUAUAAUUUUAUUCGCGAUCGGAUAUUAAUCAAUAGAUCUUCCACAUUAGUACACAACAGCAUUUUUCAAUCAUUUCACACGUAUUCCUCUAUUGUGAUUAUAUAAAAAAAUUAUUGCUGCGAGUCUUUAUAUUGAAGGAUGUAGAAACAUUCUCUCUUGGAAAUUUUACCGAAGCGCGUAAAUUUUUGGAUUAGAGGGUAUUCUCUAACGGGAGAUUUAAUAGAUGUACUUCAAUUUAUCGACGCGUUCAAGACAUAAAAUAAACGGGUCGCCAGGACGUAUGAAUAGCUCUGUAUCUUUCGUUCUUUCUCUCUUUUUUUCUGUAGGACAACGAUAACAUUCGUUUCAUUUCCUUAUUACCUCAUUAUCUUACGUCGGCCGACUUGUCUGCCGAGUGCAUCCGGAUAAUAAUUUCCCGGAAUUCUUUGCCGGGUUAGCUCGUAAAACGGGAAAAACUCGCGAGUGGAAUGAAUAACCGCAUGAACAUCGAAUCCCGCUAAAUGCAACUUUGUCGGUGUAAAUCGCAACCCGAAAGUGUAAUCGCGCGCGCGUUGCACCUCAAUUACUAUAAUCGGCUGCUUUAUUAAUCAUAAAUAGAUAAAGUAUCGAAGGCUCUUUGAAAUUUAAAUUCGGCUAUUCAUUAACAAAUUAUGGAUCAAAAUGUGAUGUAAUUAAGUUUCUUUUAGCGUACUAAUUAGAUUAAUAUCUCUACCACACUAAAGUAGAAAAGAGCCAUUUUAUUUUAUAAUAUUAUAUCUUACGCUAACGUCAUUUUUUUUCCCAUACAUAAUUUUAUUUGCGAUUUUUAGUCAAACUCUUUUUGUGAAAAAUAAGACGUUUCGCCCUUGAAAGAAAUACGCUCGAUUGCGUAAUGUGUUUCAAAUUAUUCGGGGAGAGAGAAAUAAAAAGAGCGUCACAGGAGGAUGCGAGCAACAUAUGCAAAUUGCAAAUAUCCUCGCGGAAAAAAAGGGUUGCAAAAAAGCACAACGACGAGCUGCACAGCCGCAACUCGAUUCCAGUAUUUCUAAAUGAGCGUUCUACGCUUAUCUAAACAAUUAGUAUGCACCAUCGCAAUCAUAUACAUUAUACGUAAUAGACGUAACACAUUAUAACUAAACAAAUGCGAUUACGCAUUUGUCCUGUUGGGAGUACAUGCAUGAGUAAUACGAGUUGUUAGUAUUCGUUCUUGCAUAAAAAUAUAUUUAGUGGCUUUUCAAAGAUGACGUUUGAAAUUAAACCGCGAUCGAUCAAGUUUCUUGCCAAUUGUGUCACUAUCAAAAAGAAACGAUUGUUAAAACAAAUUAAAUAGAAAUAAAUUGAAUUAAUGGUUUUAAUGAUGUGAAGUUCGUCCACUGUCCGAGUCAGUUAGCAGAAUUAAGUAAGUGACGGUCACAUCACAGCACGUAAGGGAAACGCGUGGCUCAGCAUUUCGAGCAAAGCUCCAUUUCGAGCAUAAAGGAUAAGUCACCCCCCCCCCCUCCACCCCUCGGGGCUACCGUCUCACCUUUUACCGUCACCGAUAGUACAUAGAGCUGCGAGCUGUUGAUUGGUCAGCUGCAGAAGGAAGGACGAAGGGUCUUCUUCUCGUGGAAGGAAAGUUUUUCCCGAGCGGAGAGAACGCCGUCAGCCAGCCAGCUAGCCAGCCAGCGACGUGGCACGUAACGGGCAUAAAACGAUGAAAGUAAUCUCGGCUCUGAUCUCGUAGACGGUUACCAGAAUCGGCGAUCGAUACGCCGGAGUGCGCCUGUAAAGACGGCUCGAUUCCACUCCAUUCACGGUGUUCCUAAUAGAGUUUAGUCCUCUUAUUGUCUUCGCGUCGUUGCAGCUUAUCUUCUGACGGUGAAACUUACGGACCAUAGUCUCCGAAUAUAAUAAAUAUCAUAUAACCGGGAGAGAAAGAAGGAGAAAGGAGGAGAAAAAGGAAGGAAAUAUUUGUUAGCAAUACGUAGUCCCCCUCGAGCGCAAAAAAAUUGUUCAGUUAAUUAAUUUGCUUUAAAUGUAAAGUUUGGAUAUUAUAUACAAACAUGACGUGUAAUAUAAAAUAAUAAUAACGAAGAUGUAAGAGCCUUCGGUACACGCAUUAAUAGAACGCAAAGUCAAUUUAAUUUAAUUCGCAAACAGCAAUCAACAAUUGAAGAGCUUAUUCCCUUCAGUCACUUCAACUCCACGUCCGUGAAAAAUGUAAAUCACGCGUCGUCUCUCAACGAAUGAACGCACUUCAGGGAUUUCGCGAAUACGAAAAACGAAAUGCAAAUACCGAACUGCGAGUAUAUACGAAAUAUGCGAAUAUGAAUCUUCUACUGUACUGUCGAAUCUCAAUCUACUAUGGGAGUGCAUAAUACCGUAGAGAAAGAGAGAGAGAGAGAGAG